AUGACCCGCCUUACCCGCCCAGAGGUCAAGGUCAAUGACCCUUAUCUCAGUGAUGAAUUCUACUGCCGCUCAAUUGAUCACACACCUAAACGGAUCAGAAAGAUGGAUAGCGAAUAUCCUGUAGUCUUCUAUUAUAUGCAGGAUAUCGACAGCUUGAUCGAUACCCUAUAUUUAUCUCUUAUUGAGCGCAACGAAGCACGAUUCUAUCUCACGCACAAGGCGAUGCAGAAUCACACGAAACAAUACGGUUACCCUUCCACUACGCGGCCCACUGGCAGCUUUGAGAAGUUCAAAGAGCAAGUCCUGCAUGGAAACAAAAAGGAUAUUCGGUGGACCCAGAGAGCGCAGUGGACAGCUGAUGUGCUUUACCAUAGGCACAUGAGCAUGACACAACCAGAAGAUCUCCAAAAAGCCAUAGAAAUUAUUGAACAAGAGGAUCAACAAGUUCCACUGUUGAUGUCGAAUCUAGUCCGACUUGGGGCAUAUCUGAUUGAGAGGUUCGAAUGGAGUCAUGACGAAGUCGAUGUUGAGCGGUCCAUUGACGCUCUAAAAGUUGCGCUUGAUUUGAUGUCACACACACUUGGUCAGCUGGGUUGGCAAGAUGUCACUAAAAUGAUGACGCUAUGCAAUGAACUGAAAUCAUUAUCACCAACAACCGAACAGUCUGUGUUGGUUCUGGGGGCAAGCGCGAUGCUAGACGCACACGAAAUGAGUGACCAAGGCAUUAGUCUACUUCAGGACGUUAUUAGGACUUUGUCACGAGAUGAUUACAAAAAAGGCCUUUCCCAAUUGGGGUUGGCAUUCAUAAAGCGAUUCAAGCGUUCUAGAGUACUUUCGGAUAUAAAUACCGCAGUUGAUUUGCUGUAUGAGGUGGUUAAAGAUCCAGAGGGAGGGGGAGACCAGUCAGUCUAUCUGGCACAUCUGGGUCUGGCAUUCCUUACAAGGUUUGAGGUCCUAGGUGAUGUCGCAGACCUCGAGAAAUGUAUACUACAAUAUGAAGAGUCAGUGAAGUUGGGGAUAUCAGAUGAUAGGACGCGAUCAGGGAUGUUGGCCGAGUUGUCAGACGCAAUUCACUUGCGAUAUCUGCGAUUGGGGGAAGUAUCCGACCUUGAGAGAUCCGUCGAUUUAUCAAGAAGGGCGUUACGCGCUAUGCCUCAGCCUGGUGACCAUGAUUUGAGUACGCACAACCGGUUGCGUCGACUAGAAUACAUCGUGGCCAUCAAAUCCAAUAUGCUCUAUCAGACCAGACCCGGACGUUAUCACCAAGAGGCGCCAAAUGCACAAAGUUGUAUAGACCAUGCACUUCACAUCUCUCGUGAGUCGCUGAGAAGGGCUUCGUACGCAGCACCCGAGAGGUUUGAUUUGCUAUCUAGCUAUCAUAAACUGCUUAGGGAUCGCGUCAAAUCUCAUGAGCAAGCGGCGGAUACUUUACUAGAGAAAAUUCAAAUAGAAGAAGAGAGAUUUGUACUCAUCCCACUAGAUGAUGAUUCUGAGCGCUUGGAGAGCUCCGCGGAGAUCGCCGCCGACUGGUUCGCGUAUCAUAUUGUCUGGCGCCGGGAUCAACCACUGGGUGUUCUAAAGGCAAAGGAGAUUUACAAACUUUGCAAAAUGGUUUUGAGGUCCAAGCUUGCGACACCAAAAAGCCGGAUAAUGUGUUCAUUUCUUGCUAUGAGUGUUCUUAUUGCUUGCCCUGAGCUUAUUGGAGGUCAGAAGAGAUGGGAGAAAGCAUUCACAAUAUGUGCGGAAGGAAUUGCAGUUCUCCCCACAAGAGUGCCUCAAUAUUGUCAACGCAAUCACCGACACCGCGCGCAAAUCGAUGGCCAAACUCUCGGAUCAAUAGCGGUGUCCGUAGGCCUAAACGCAGGAAAACCAGCAUCCCAUUGCUUGGCAGUCCUUGAACAGAGUCGAGGGAUUAUCCUAGGAUUCACAAUCGACUGCAGGAGUACUACAGGGAACCUUCAGGAGCUCCAGAAAAUAAAUCCUGACCUUUUUGACAAAUUCAAUACCCUACGUAGCCGUGUCGACUCCCCAAGCGAAAAUCGUGAAGAGCUAUUAUCUAGGUUUCCGAUUAGCCCCAGUACUUUAGAGCGGAGAGCCACGGAAGAAAAUCUAAAGCGACAGAGAAUGAUUAACGUCGAUGAGCUUUCAAAAACAUUGCAAGAAAUUAGGGGGCAUCCGGGAUUCGAACGGUUCCAGUUACCGCCUUCUUAUGAAGAGCUUAUUGAAGUUGCCAAAGACGGCCCAGUGGUGAUUGAAGUGUGUACGAGCACUCGAAGUGAUGCGAUAAUUGUCACAAGAUCGUGUAUCAAGUCUAUACCACUUCCCAAUCUCACCCACUCCGUUGUUGCGUGCCGUCGAAUCAAAGAGCUCAACACCAAGAUAAUUCCCGGAGGAAAAUCUUCGUACCAAUUAAGAUCCGCGAAGAUGGAAAGGUUUCUGAUUUGGCUAUGGGAUACAGCGGUUGAGCCUGUGAUCGAGGAGCUGAAGACGCAAGGCAUCGUUUCUUCAGGCGAUGUGCUUCCUCGGAUAUGGUGGAUUGGUGCAGAUAUCAUGGGUUUAGCUCCGUUUCACGCCGCUGGGGACCAUUCCCCUGGAUCAACCAGAAAUACUCUAGCCUACGCAAUCAGCUCCUACAUCCCAACACUUAAAGCCCUCUCUUACGCUCGGGAGAGACCUUUGGCAUUCCCACAUGGUGACUCGAGUCUGCUCAUUGUUGCUACGCCUAAAGUGCGCGGUCAAUCGCGACUGAACCAUGUUAAUAGUGAGGUUGAGUCAAUCGUGAAUCUGUCACCGGAAUGGAUUAAGACCGAGAUCCUCAAUAGUCCCAGUUCCGCUGAGGUACUCAAACAACUUCCCUCAUUCGGUGCGGUUCACUUUGCAUGUCAUGGAUUCUCCAAUAUUAAUGACCCUUUCAACAGUCAUUUGUUGCUCCGGGACGUUGAGAAUUGCACCACCGGUGUUGAUAGAUUAAGCGCUGAGGCAAUAUCAGAUUUUGUAUUGGACAAACCGGAGACUGCAUAUUUAUUGCCACCAGGGUUUAAGUCCGAGAGCCUCCAGGGUCUAAGCGCCGAUGAAACACAUGAAAGACUCGUCUCAUUAGGCGCAUUUCCCUAUGCAUGUCCAAUAUAUUCUGAUGAGAAUAACCCUUUCAAGAGCCUUUCGCUACCCCGUGGGGGUAAGGAUUGCACCUACGGUAUCGAUAUAUUAACAGCGGGGGCAAUAUCAGAUAUCAACAUGGAACGGGCACAAAUUGCAUAUUUGUCAGCCUGUUCUACCGCCAGAAUUUCAUCCAGGAAGCUUGCAGAUGAGUCAGUUCAUAUAGCUAGUGCCUUUCAACUUGCCGGAUUUAGUCAUGUACUUGCAAAUAUGUGGCCUUCGGACGAUGAUGCUUGCCUAAAUGUUACUACCGAGUUUUAUCGUAAACUAUUCGGAGAGUAG